CCGCGUCGUUCGCCUCUCUCUCCUCUAUAUUCAUGUCCCGCCCAUCUCCCAGUUCCGCCGCCGCGUUCGCUCUCCUCGCUCCCUCUCUCUGCCUCAUCGUCUUCCUCGUCAUCGGAGGAAGCGCGAGGAGAAGAGAGGGAGAAUAACAACAGAUUGAAUCCCUGGUCCAGAACCCCUUUUUGUCUGCUCGCUUUCCCCCAUUUAGGCUCCAGAGGAUUGGGGAAAAAAAAAUCUCACUUUUGAUCCCAGCAAUGGCGGUAGUUGCGCAGUUUGGUGGCGGGUCCUGUUGCGGUGUGGUUAAAUUGGACUCGUCGACUUCUCUUGCUUUCUCGACGAGCUUCCAGAGUAAGGCCAGUUUUGCGUUGUCGUCGAGGUCAUUCUGUAGGAAGAGGGAGGGGAUCUGCGGAAAGAGGAGAGCUUUGAAGGUGUGCUGCGAGAGAAGGGUUUCUGCCGUUGUGGAGAAAGACGCUGUCUUGAGGCAAGGGGCUGAUAGUAAUGUUGAGCAGCUCAGCAUCGUGAUGAAGUUUGGUGGGUCAUCGGUGGCAUCAGCUGAGAGGAUGAAAGAGGUUGCGGACCUCAUUCUUAGCUUUCCGGAAGAACGACCAGCGAUCGUGCUCUCCGCCAUGGGCAAGACGACAAACAAUCUUUUGCUGGCUGGAGCAAAGGCGGUCUGCUGUGGUGUUUCUAAUGUAUCUGAAUUGCAUGAAUUAAGCUUUGUGAAAGAGUUGCAUCUCAAGACAAUUGAUGAACUCGGGCUUGAGAGUUCAAUUAUUUCUGAUAUUCUGGUUGAGUUAGAGCAGCUUCUGAAAGGCAUUGCCAUGAUGAAAGAGCUAACACCUCGUACAAGGGACUAUCUAGUUUCCUUUGGUGAAUGCAUGUCUACAAGAAUUUUUGCAGCAUAUUUAAACAAAAUUGGUACUAAAGCACGACAGUAUGAUGCAUUUGAGAUUGGUUUUAUUACCACAGAUGACUUUACAAAUGCUGACAUCUUGGAAGCAACUUAUCCUGCUGUUGCAAAGAGGUUGCAUGGUGAUUGGACUAAUGAUCCGGCGAUUCCUAUAAUCACUGGUUUCCUUGGAAAGGGUUGGAAAUCCGGUGCUGUAACUACCUUAGGCAGAGGUGGAAGCGACUUAACUGCAACAACUAUAGGUAAAGCUUUGGGCUUACGUGAAAUUCAGGUUUGGAAAGAUGUUGAUGGUGUUUUAACAUGUGAUCCUAAUAUAUGUCCAAAUGCAAAGCCGGUUCCUCAUUUAACAUUUGAAGAGGCAGCUGAACUCGCUUAUUUUGGAGCACAGGUGUUGCAUCCCCAGUCAAUGCGGCCUGCCAGAGAAGGUGAUAUACCUGUUAGGGUCAAGAAUUCUUAUAAUCCUCAAGCUCCUGGAACUGUCAUCACUAAAGCAAGAGAUAUGAGCAAGGUUGUACUAACCAGCAUCGUGUUGAAGUCAAAUGUUACCAUGUUGGAUAUUGUGAGCACUCGAAUGCUUGGACAGUAUGGUUUUCUUGCAAAGGUUUUCUCUAUAUUUGAGGACUUGGGCAUUUCUGUUGACUGUGUCGCAACAAGUGAAGUUAGCAUCUCUUUGACACUGGAUCCAUCAAAACUCUGGAAUAGAGAAUUAAUCCAGCAGGAACUUGAUCAUGUAGUUGAGGAGCUGGAGAAGAUUGCUGUUGUUCAUCUCCUUCAGCACAGAUCAAUAAUCUCUCUUAUUGGAAAUGUGCAGAGAUCAUCUUUAAUCCUAGAAAAGGCAUUCAAUGUUCUUCGCAAGAAUGGAGUGAAUGUCCAGAUGAUCUCCCAGGGAGCAUCAAAGGUUAACAUUUCCUUGGUAGUUCAUGAUAGCGAAGCACAGCAGUGCAUCAGAGCUUUGCACUCGUCAUUCUUUGACAAUGGCUUCCUGUCAGAAGUAGAGGAAGCUGCCAGUGUAAACUGAUGUUAUGCUGUAUGCAGUGGUCUCUUGAUGUCCGAUUCAUCCAAAUUAACUUGUGGUGCCUUCCUACUAACCCAAUCUUCAGGAGCAACUUUCAUGUUAUCACCAGCGGCCAACAACCACGCAUUCUUUAGAAUAGAACCACUAAAUUUAAAAUGUACUGUAUCUUUUCAUUGCACUUAUCAAAUGCUUUGAUUUUGAAGUUAUAAUUAAAUAGGAAAACUCUUGAAAUUUAUGCUUUUGUUAUUGAAGAACUGAUUGCUUUGAUAGCAUGUUAGA